UUAUCUUAGCUCCAGCUGCACAGCAGCAGCAAGAAGAAACAGCAGCAGCACAGGAGGGAAGGAGAGAAAGAAAAAAGCAGGAGGGAGACUUUGAGGGAGGGUUAUAGUCUCAGGCAAAGGAACAAAAGCUGCAGAGAGCAGCUUUCCAUCCUUGCAAAAAAAUAACAACGGCGGUGCUUUACAAGGAGGAGGUGGACAUGAUAGUAGUGAGACUGUAACGGAACAGAAGAAGCUCACUGUAAUCAGAGCAAACUGAAAGCAAGGCUCUUCUCUUCUUUGCUCUCCAUGUUUUUUGGAACCCAGCAUACCACUGCCUGCAUCUCCAAACCCAGAAGAGGAGGAGGAUGUCUGUGUCAGGGAAGAAGGAGUUUGAUGUGAAACAGAUCCUAAGGCUCCGUUGGCGCUGGUUCAGCCAUUCAUCUCAAGGUUCUACUGGUAGUGGUGGCGGAGGGGGCAGUGUGGGAGGCUACAUCCAGCAGGAUGGCCUGGACCACAGAGGAACUCCCGUUCAGGGAAGGCUGAAGAGCCAUUCUCGGGAAAGGGGUAUUGGAGGAUUACGAAAGACCAGCAGCCCCGUCCACAGCGUCAUGUCCCAAACACCUGGACCAACUCCGGUCUAUGCCAGGACAGGUCAUCAAUCUUGGCAUCAUCAGUCAAACAACAUCCAGGGCCUCCAGGUCAACGAGGAGUCUCCAAAGAGCAUUUCCUCUUCCAACGCAAUGAGGAAAGAGCAAACAAAAUCUGGCCAGGAAGAUGUGAUAAACAGCACAGAGGAACCUGCAGAGGUGGAAAUCAGAGACAGGUUGGUUCUGAGCAAUUUGUCCAGAAUGACCACCAACUCCUCCGACGAAUUUUUCCAGGCCACAAAUCAUGCAGAGCAGACGUUCCGUAAAAUGGAGACCUACCUCCAGCACAAGCAGCUGUGUGACGUCCUGUUGAUAGCAGGAGAUCACAAGAUACCGGCUCAUAGUGAUGUGAGGGAAGCAAAGCAAGAGGAGAUAAAGAUGGAGGGAGUGGAUCCCGAGGCGCUCAGAUCUCUGGUUCAUUUUGCCUAUACUGGUGUCCUUGAGCUGAAAGAGGAGACCAUUGAGAGUUUAUUGGCGGCAGCAUGCCUCCUCCAGCUUUCACAAGUCAUCCAGGUCUGCUGCAGCUUCCUCAUGAAGCAGCUUCAUCCUUCCAAUUGCCUUGGAAUACGAUCGUUUGCGGAUGCCCAGGGCUGCAUGGACCUGCUGAAUGUGGCUCAUAACUACACCAUGGAGCACUUCCUGGAGGUUAUUCAGAACCAGGAGUUCCUGCUGCUCCCCACAGCGGAGAUUGUUAAGCUACUCUCCAGUGAUGACAUCAACGUUCCAGAUGAAGAAACAAUUUUUCAGGCUUUGAUGAUGUGGGUGAGAUUUGAUGUCCAACAUCGACAGCAGGACCUUGGAGUGUUACUGGCUUACAUCCGCCUGCCUCUUCUUCCUCCACAGCUUCUUGCAGAUCUGGAAAACAACAAGAUGUUCUCUGAUGAUCUGGAAUGUCAAAAGUUGCUGAUGGAAGCCAUGAAAUACCAUUUACUGCCUGAGCGACGGCCCAUGUUUCAGAGCCCGAGAACUAAACCUAGGAAGUCCACUGUAGGGGCACUUUAUGCAGUGGGGGGGAUGGAUGCUACCAAAGGAUCCACCACUAUUGAAAAGUAUGACCUGCGAACAAACACCUGGGUCCAAGUUGGAGUAAUGAACGGGCGUCGACUACAGUUUGGGGUUGCGGUGAUUGACAACAAGCUCUAUGUAGUUGGAGGAAGAGAUGGACUCAAGACGUCCAACAUGGUGGAAUGCUAUAAUCCUAUUAGCAAAGUUUGGUCAACUAUGCCCCCGAUGUCGACACACAGGCACGGGCUUGGCAUAGCCGUACUUGAAGGUCCCAUGUAUGCAGUAGGAGGCCAUGAUGGGUGGAGCUAUCUCAACACAGUGGAGCGUUGGGAUCCACAGGCCAGGCAGUGGAACUAUGUUGCCAGCAUGUCGACUCCACGAAGUACCAUGGGAGUAACAGCGCUCAAUGGAAAGCUGUUUGCUGUUGGUGGGCGAGAUGGCAGCUCGUGCUUGAGGUCGAUGGAGUGUUUUGAUCCACACACCAACAAAUGGAGCAUGUGUGCACCAAUGUCCAAGAGGAGAGGAGGUGUGGGAGUAGCCAUGUACAACAACUUCCUGUAUGCUGUGGGUGGACAUGACGCCCCCGCUUCCAACCACUGUUCCAGACUCUCUGACUGUGUUGAGAGAUAUGAUCCAAAGACGGACACAUGGACCACUGUGUCCUCUCUCAGCGUCCCCCGAGAUGCAGUAGGAGUGUGCUUGCUGGGUGACCGGCUCUAUGCAGUUGGCGGGUAUGACGGCCAGUCAUAUCUCAAAACUGUUGAGUCCUACGAUGCACAAAACAACGAGUGGACAGAGGAGGUCCCCCUUAACAUCGGAAGGGCAGGCGCCUGCGUGGUGGUGGUGAAGCUGCCGUGAGGAUCUCAGUUCACAACAACACAGAGAGGCCUAAAUGAAAGAGCGGCAAAGUGGAGUGGACAAACAAAGCAGCAGAUUGAGGACACAUCCUUUGAGGGAUGAAUUAUCACAUUUUUUUUUUUCUUUAACUUGGCCGUCCAGAUCUUUCAUUGGGAAACACAGGCAAAGGCUUUUCCAUAAACCAUUGUUUCCGUCAUUAGUUUUGUCUGCCCAGUGGAAAGGACUAGAAGGAUUGCGAUGGCCAGCACAUUCCCCACAUUCUCAACCGAUUAAGAACUUUGCCAAAAAACAAAGCGUACGGGCGCCAAGGCUUCUAAAAGCUGACUUGAAUGUCCUCAAAUUUUUAAUGUAACAUUGAACAAAUGAAUAAAUUCUGUAAGUUUACAAAUACACACAAGCAUUUCUUAUCCGUGCCAUCUUAGACAGUAUAUUUUUAGGGGUUUAUUAUGUCCCUUUAUAGCUGAGACAACUAUUCUUACAGAGAUUUAAGUAUAAAUUGGUGUUUUUUUACAAGAUCAGUCUGAAGUGAUUGUUUCUCCUUGGUGAUGAAGACUACUGUGAUUGAAACUGAAGGUGGAGAGGUUAGUACAGGAAUGAAAUGUAUGUUAUUUGCACCUGUAGCAACAGAACACCAAAGCCAUUUAUUUCUUUAAGACAUUGUUUUGCUCAUUAAAUAAAGGUUUACAAAUUUGUGAAUCAAAAAAAAAUAUAUCAUAUUGAUAUUUCAUGUUUCUGUACAGAUUUUUGUUUUAAAACUGCAUUUGUGUUUGUAGAUUCAUGCCUAAAACAAUGCUGUUUUUAUUCAUGAACCAUUUAGCUGAGCUCUAAACAUUUUCAGAAUGAUCUUUUUUUCUACAACUGCAUUUGGAUGUCUUGCUAAAAGAAACAAAAUUGUUAGCCUGUUCACACUAAACUGUAACUGGAACUACAAUUGUGACUAAUUUUGGGGCCAAGUGCUAUUUUUUUCAUCUUUUGGACCUAAUUUUGUACAGCAUGAUAGCCAAUAAAAUAACUUCGGUUUUCUUUGCAUGAAUUAGAAGUGUGGCCUCAGUACUGGAAGAUUUUCCAUGUUUUCUUGUUCGGCUUUUCAUAAACAAAUCUGAGUCCAUAACUAAACAGACUUCGGCUCCAACUUUGACAUCUGCAUUAAUCUGUUUUUGUCUUCGCUGCCACAUUUUCUUCUUCAAUCAAACAAGCAUGUUUGGGGAUAUUUCUGUUUUAUUCCUCUGUCAACAAAUAAGAAGACCAAAUGCUUCUACUUGC